AUGGCUUCUACGCCCGACGCAAAGGGCUCGCUGGCUUUAGGCCGCGAUGAUAUCGAAUCACCUGCGGUAAAAGAGGAUUUCUCAGCCUUCUCACACAUCCCAAUCGACGCAGACGCAGAGAAAGCCCUACUCUGGAAGCAAGACAAACGCAUUAUACCGCUAUCGGCGGGCAUCUACUUCCUUUGCUUCCUCGACCGCUCCAACAUAGGCAACGCAAAGAUUCUCAACUCAUCUUCGGGCCACGAUAUGCAGACAGAGACCAACAUGUCGAACUACGACUUUACCAUUGCUCUCAUGAUCUUCCUCAUCGCCUACGCGCUCUUCGAGGUCCCCUCCAAUAUCCUCCUCAAGAAGCUCCGUCCCUCACGCUGGCUCGCCUUUCUCAUGUUCUCUUGGGGUGCCGUCACCAUCGGUCUCGGUGGAGCCAAAAACUUUUCGACCGUCACAGGCGUACGUUUUCUGUUAGGCGUGUUCGAGGCCGGUUUAUUUCCCGGGCUGGUGUACUAUCUUACCUUCUGGUACAAGCACGACGAGAGAAGUGUGAGAGUCGCCAUGAUCUUGGCGAGCGCGACUUUGGCGGGCGCGUUCGGCGGUGCGAUUGCGUAUGGGAUUGGGCACAUGAACCAGGUGCACGGCAUGUCGGGCUGGAGAUGGUUGUUCAUUCUUGAGGGAAUCCCGUCUUGUCUAUCCGCCUUCUUGGUGUGGUUCUUCUUGCCAGACUACCCCGAGAGCGCAGGGUGGCUGUCGGAGCGAGAAAAGGAUGUUGCACUGCAAAGACUGUACCACGAAGGCAGCAAGAGCAGCCACAAGAGCAUGUCGUGGGAAGAGGCCAAGGAGACGUUGACAGACUGGAGGUUGUACGGUCACUAUGUCGUGUACUUUGCCAUGUCGACACCGUUCUCGUCGCUGUCGCUCUUCAUUCCGUCCAUCACUUCUGGACUGGGCUUCGUAGACCUGCAAGCACAGCUUAUGACUGUUCCUCCAUAUGCAGCAGCAUACGUCGUGCAAAUCCUCGUCGCCUGGUCUGCAGACCGCUUCAACGCGCGCGGCGCGCACUCAGCAGCCCUCGCCCUCAUUGGCGGAAUUGGCUUUGUCAUCUCGGCGGUGCUCCCGCCUGACGCCUACAAUGCGCGGUACGGGUGUCUCAUCGUCGGGGCGUCGGGGGCCUUCGCAUGCAUUCCGCCGCUGCUAGGGUGGCUGACCUCCAAUGUUUUCAGCACGGCAGCGACCGGGCUCGCUAUUGCGCUCAACGUCAGCAUCGGCGCCGGUGGCGGGCAAAUCCCGGGAGUCUGGAUCUACAAGGCCGAUGAGAAGGCAAGGGGCUACCCGACGGGCCACUGGGUGAACGCGGCGCUGCUGUUCGUGGUUGUUGUUGGGUGUGCCGGGUUGAGAGUGUACUAUGGAAUGCAGAACCGUCAAAUUUUGAGACGAGCGGCGGAGGAUGGGACGGAGCCGAGGUUGUACAAGUUAUGA